GCGGGCGAAGGGAAGAGAAGGCGGCCAGGCUUGUAUUUCCUGCUCCGGGGGAAGCGAGAGCCUACCUAAGAAGAGGAUCGCUAAUAAACACACGAAACAGACACAGGGCAGGUCCCAGCUGAACCAUGGGGGAUGGGAGAAUCUACGUGGGGAACCUUCCAGCUGAUGUGCAGGAGCGUGACGUGGAGGAUCUCUUCUACAAGUAUGGGAAGAUCCGGGACAUUGAGCUGAAGAACAACAGGGGCACAAUCCCUUUCGCCUUCGUCCGAUUUGAGGACCCAAGGGACGCAGAGGAUGCAGUGCAUGGCAGGAAUGGGUAUGGCUUUGGAGACUCAAAGCUGCGUGUGGAGUACCCACGUUCCUCAUCCUCUAAAUUCAAUGGCCCUAUGACGGGGGGAGCUCCCCGGGGCAGGUUUGGACCCCCAUCUCGAAGAUCAGAGUUCCGGGUCAUAGUUACAGGUUUACCCCCCUCUGGGAGCUGGCAGGACCUGAAGGAUCACAUGAGGGAGGCUGGGGACGUGUGCUUUGCUGACGUACAGCGUGAUGGGGAGGGUGUGGUGGAGUUCCUGCGCCGGGAGGAUAUGGAGUAUGCACUGCGCAGGCUGGACAGGACCGAGUUCCGAUCGCACCAGGGGGAGACGGCUUUUAUCAGAGUCCAUGGUGAGAGGAGUUCAAGCUGGGGCCGUUCCCGGUCCCGGUCUCGCUCCAGGUCUAGGGGUCGAUACUCCCCGUACCAGAGCCGGGGGUCUCCUCGCUACCAGUCCCCUCCGCCCAGGCGACGCUCUCUGUCCCGUCACAGUCCCCCCCCAGCCCGGCACCACUCCGCUCAGCGCAGCAGCCCCCCCCCACGCCACUACCGAUAAAGAGCAGAAGCAGGACGGCAGCAGCUGGAGGGGGGUUUUGUUUUUGUGGGAGUUUUUUUUUAUUUUUUAU